CGUACCACCCGCGUUCGCCUCGUUGUCAAACCCACCUCUCUGAACGAAACUUAACCCUUCGAGACUAUCAACCGGGUCUAAUAGACCUCAUUGGCCAUCCGAGCAAGUGUAGGGACUACAGAAACCUUCAGGAACUCGUGGGGGCUUUAAGGAUCGAAGAUAUCGUAAAGCUUGAGAAGAGUCUGUGACCCUCCGGGACUAUGAGCUACGUCUAAUAGAUCUUCUUAAUAAAUCUAAGCAACUUUGAAGAUUAUAGGAGUUCUGGGAACUCGUGGAGGAUUGAGGACACUGUGAAACUUGUGAAGGGUCUACCAGUCUACAGAGUUUCUGGUGACUGUAAACCAGAGUCAUUGAAGAGGACCUCAGUGGUUCGAGAAGGGGAUACUGAGAUUCAAAGGACGAAAACGAAACAACGCAGAGAUGCCAGUGGGUGGUCGGGUGGCUGGUAAAGUCGGGAUUUACAGCUCUCACUAUAAUGGAAAAGGCUACAGUGGUAUAAACGAGGAGAUCAUGUGGAUCAGCAUCGGUAUGGGGAUAAUUAUCGCCGUAUUGAUCACCAUAGCAUUGUGCUACAUAGCGCGUGAAAAAUGUCGCAAACGACACGAAGGAUACUACGCUUCCUGACGUACAUUACCACCGCCCUCAUGGGCCUCCUGGUCCUUUUCACCGUCGACGCCGGGCGUCUUUUUCAGCCCUACCACGUCGAGAGGGAAACCGAGGGCGUACUACAUCACCGUCUAACACCAAAAUCCGGUGACUAAUGAUCCCACUUCAACUCGAGCGACCUGACGUUUCACGGCGACCGCAAAAAUCGACCAAUCUCCUUCUUCUUUACCUACACACACACACACACACACCUCACCUCCAUCUAGAUUUCCUCUUUACUUCUACCUAGCAUUAUCCGUACAAAAAGAUAGAGGUAGAGUCAUCGGGAAGAUGAUCGUGACUCGUGAGAUUCAAAGGAUUGCACGAAUGGAAAAAACAUGAUGCGACAGCUCGAUUAAUCUGAUCGUGAAUGUAUUCUGAAGAAAUUUCCUUUUUCAAAAAGUCUAGGUACACUCAGAUUUCAAAAUCACAAGAUAUUUAUUACUGAAGACUAAAGACGAUUGUCGUUUCUUUAACUAUGUCAAAAUUUCAGAUUAAUCGAGGUAUAAAAGAGCCAACAAUUUCGAUUCUUCAACAACGACGGAUUAUUUAUAACCAGACGUAUCUAAACAGAUUCGUCGUUAAAGCUCAAAACUAAAAACUGAAACCCAACGAGAAACUUUCAACGAGGGUCAUGUAAAGGCUUCAAGUUUUAACGGGCGUGUAAUUUAUCACAAGCCUCUGUGCACCGUAACUUCAAUAAAAAUCCCUUUUAACUAGACGAAUAAUCUCAACUGUAAUUAUAUCAAAGUAGAAAGCUACUUUGUUCUCGUUAAAACUGAAAGCGUCUGUACCUUAGUGAAUGUUUUAGAGACACUCUGUAUAAUCGGAUCGAUUAAUCUUAUAUAGGUGACGAACGCAGAACGUUUUAUCAAUUUUAUAGACAUUCUACUGACGGAGAAUUGAACCUUUUCGGGCAAGGGAUUUUAAUAACUUCGAUAAGUUAAUUGCGAUGGGUUUAUUGGCUUUCGAAAUGAAAGUAGUGGUUAAAUUCGCAAUUAUUUAAUUUUAAAGAAGCGAAUAAAGCUUUUCAGAAUUAAAGAUUCUUAUUGUCAGGUUUGAUAAGUUUAUUUCGAGGAAUUUAAGUUGAAAAAUGAAUAUAGGAUUGAGAUAUAAUUCCUUGAUCACUGCAAUGCACACACAUUGACCAAGAUUUUGGAAGAGGGCAAAGUUUUCUGGAGCCACAACUCAUCGUCAGUUCAAGGUUUCGAGAAUAAUAAAUUUGAAACUCUAGAUUCGCAGAACGCACGACGACGCCUCUGUCAAUUUCUGAACGAAAUCUUUUGGCAAACAUCGCGACACCCAAAUUCAUAGUGGAAUUAUACUGCCAAAUGGCGAUAUAGCGACCCUCUAGCCACUUCCGGUUCCUUUCGUUUCAAAAAUAUGAAAUUUCAUCGAAAUUCGUUCUAAAUAUACCAACUUUCUUUACAGAAUUUUAGAAAUUAUCAAUUUUACCAAAUCCAAUUUAAUUUACCAAAUUACCGAUUUAUUGUUCCCGAAUUUUCACGGCGAGGAUUUACGAGUUGCGCUCUGGCAAAAACUUUCAGAUUGAAUUAAACCCUUUCCAGCACAGUUGGCGAUAUCUGUCGAAGAAGGCAAUAAAUUCAGCCGGCAAUUCGUUUGCACGAGGGAAAUUUGAUUAGCCUUUCAAUUUAUAUUUAACUUUGAACGUACUGGAACGUCAAUUCCGAAUAGGACAUUUUCGAGCAGUGCUUAGCAGUGGCCACAAAUGACCAAACAGUGAUAACCAAGAACAAUUCUGUCUACACUAAAGCUAAGCUCAGGAGCUUAAACAGCUUUCCUUCCUCUCUCGCCUACCGUAACAUUCAAUCUUCGACUGAUAGGAAAUUUUCAUAUUUAAACACGUUUACUAUCAUCGCGAUCGAAGCAUCGGAAAUAUAUUAUGAAUUAAAAAUCCCCACGGACCCUUCUUAAAUUUCCGCUACCAAUUAUUACCAGCGAUCCCAAGAUAGUAAUCAACGUGUUUAAACGAUCAAACCAGCAAAUAUGUAUACGAUUCAGAUACGAAACGAUCAAACGUUAAAUUAUGAUCGCUCAGCUCUGUUUGCAUCGGCAGAUGUGCGUGUAAGUAAACAUGUUUCGAGUGUAGUGUGCACACGGCUCAAGUAGCACGUCAACAUACCCUAUGCUCAACAGCUCAACCAUUGGUCACGGAAUUUUCUCCCGAGCUUGUUACAAAUAUACGUGAUGAAUGGUUAAAUGGUUAAACCUAUGCAUAAUGAAACGAGUUUACAGAAAACUAACGAACACCCUCCCUUCUGAAAUAUACAUUUCGAUCAAUGUGUUCUGAAGCUGAAACUUCUCAGAUUUAAGUCGUAUUUCAAGAAAGUUUUCGCUUCCUACGAAUAAAUCUUCUUCGGACAGGGAUUUCCAAAGUGUUAUACUUUGGAAGCAAAGAAAUAUCUCUCGGCGUUCUGUAUAAUAAUUUUCUUUUCAAUAUAAUCUACAUUCUACAGGAAUAAAGAGAGAUUUGGUUUCUAUAAUUUCCUUUUUAAAUCGUUUGAAUUUUCAUUGUAUUAUAAUGAAAGAAAGUAUAUACCUAUGUACUUACUUUAUACGAUAUAAUGUGAAUGAAUUACACGACGUAAUAAAUAACCGAAUGAAAAAUAUCAGAAACAACUGAAAGUAAAACAAGUAACCAAUUUUACCUAAUAUCUAAAUUUUAAUUUCUAAAAUCAAUCAAUGUUAACAUUUUGGAAAUUGUUCGCCUGAAAAUGUGUACAUUAUCCUUGAAACGAGACUGUAUCAACGUUAAUCGUUCCACUAAUUGUACAAAGGGUCUCAAUGUAACAAUUAAUACGCGUAAGGAUUCUGACCAAACUUUAGAAUAUACUUCUGUACUGAACGUGAGUAUUAUACACCAGGGUCUCGGUCUAAUUCUAACGGCCUGUAGGGAACGAACAUAGACUAACGAAUAUUUGUUGUUAGAGAAUUAUACAUUGUUGAAGAGAAUUGAAUGAUAAAUCUGUUACGUAGGUAAAUAGUGAGAAUGUGAAAGAUGUGUUGAUUUUAUGCACAAGCCUCUUGAUCUUUCGAAUCGUUUCAUUUCCUCGAUUAAUAAUAUUUCCGUUCCCCGUUCUUCGUUAAUUAUUUAUUUAUGUAGAAAUAAUUAUACUUAAAAGAAACCGUAUAUUAAUAACUAAUGCGAUAUGCGAAGUAAUUUACAUAUUGUAAAUAAUAUAGUUCAAUGACUGUCGUAAUUUAAGUAUAUUCUAUAUUGUAAGAAUUAUUUUUGUUUAAAAAAAAAAAAUUUAAUCCUAUAAAAUUAUCUUAGAUGUAAGCUUACUAAUAUUUAACUAAACUAUAAAAAAAUAAAUAAUGUAUGGGUACGUAUUUUAAAAUUCGCAAGUUUGAAAGCGAUUGGACAAGAGUAAGAGGCUUGUACAAAAUGGCGGAAUUUUGAUGUUCCUCGCGCUUGCCUACUCGUCUCGCGGUUGAGCGCCGAAAAAUUUAGACAUUUUUUACGAGGAAUUUAGAGAUUCUAUGAAUGUUACGUGAUUUUCUCGUGAAAAGAGGCGCUUAGCAAGUAAUAUUCGUAUUUCUAUUGAAAGUAGUUGCUAUUUCAUGUCAAAGAACAGAGGGAGAUUUAUCAAAUUUGAAUGCGUAAUUUGCUGUCUAUCGCACUGACCAACUUGAUAGAUUGCUCUAUGUAUUAUGACAUAUUAA